AUGAAAUUCGUUGUACCGGUCGCAAGAAGGAUUCCUCGCGGUCCUGUCGCUUUCAACAAAUCAUGCCUGACCUUUCUACUGGUGAUCGCUUUACUAUUUUUUUUUGUAACGUUUAUGUACGCCUCCAGAAAGACAACUUCUGCCCAGCUAGAAUUCUCCAGUCGUCACGGCGCUAUGAACCAGUUCGUCUCUCCACAUCAUUUACAAGUUGAGCUCACUUCGACGAGGAAUUUUGAAAUCCCUAUACAUGCAAAAAAGGCAAAAAUUAUUAUUUUGUCCUACCCAAGGUCUGGAUCUUCAUUCUUAGGCGACAUAUUUAAUCAUCAUCCUGGAGUUUUUUACUUAUUCGAGCCACUAAUUACGGUACAAAGACGUUUCAGCAGAGAUUCGUUAUUCGAAUAUGACUUCUCGUCUUCUUCCUAUCAAACCGCAGCGAAUGAAUUCCUAAGUAAUGUUGUGAGAUGCAACUUUGAAAGAAGUAAUUUUACCCGCUACAUUAGAGAAGCUGAGCGCAACAAAAGCUUAGCACUGAAGUCUUCCCCGUUUUGUUCUCAGGAUGGAUCAUGCAAAAAACUCAAACCAAGGCAACUUGAAUAUGUCUGUCGAAACAGCUACAGCGUUUUUGCCGCAAAAGUGUUGUCACCCAGAGUACCAACCUCCUCUGACUGGAUAAGAACGUUUUUACAAAGCUGCAGCUCUGUCAACAAUGCCAACCAAUGUAGAAUUUUUCAUUUAGUGCGCGAUCCGCGAGCUGUGGCUUAUUCUUUAAAGACUGUGUACUUUUUUAGGAGGAAAAAAGACCAACAACGUGAAUUUUCGUGGUUUGUGAAGAAAAUGUGUCGUCAAAUGGAGUUAGACCUCAGCGGUAUUUCGACCCUUAAAACUUUAUUACCCAAUGGAUACCGGUUGAUUCGGUUCGAAGACCUCGCUGAGAAUCCCUUUUCAAUGGUGAGCGAGCUUUACAAGUUUGUCGGCAUGGAAAUGUCGGAUGAAGUCAAACAAUGGCUGUACGAGGCGACAAAAGCUGGCAAUGCCCACAAAGGAGCCUACGAAACCAUUCGCGACCCAAAGGAAGUUCUUGAGAAAUGGAGAAAGAAAAUGAGUCCUGCACAAGUGAAAAUUGUUGAGGACCAUUGUGCAAGAGUCAUAAUACAACUGAAUUAUUCACUGACUUAG